AUGUUAUUGUUCUUUGUGUGCCCUAUUCUGUCAGUAGUAUUUGUUAAUGCUGAUGAGCUGCUAAAACCAGCAACCGAACCACCGCAGCAAGUAAUAAGCCCAUCGCCAGAAUUAUCUCACUGGAUCAGCCUGCAGUCGGAACCGGGUGGAAAUAAUGAAUAUUUGAAGCCUUUUCACAAAACUUAUGUUCCAGAAUGCACGCUCGGAAGUUACGCAUGUCGGUUGGCAUGCCUAAAUGGUGGUAUUUGUUAUAAAAACAGUAACAGGCUUCGAUUUUUCAUCGUAGGUGAUACCGGUGGUUUGCCCGUCUACCCAUAUACGACAUAUGCGCAAAAUGUUGUUGCAAAGUCGCUGGCCAAAAUAGGUGAUGAUAAAAAUACUGAAUUUACAAUUUCGGCUGGUGACAACAUUUAUUUCACAGGUGUCAAAGAUGAAUUUGAUCACAGAUUUCAAGCAACAUUUGAGAAUGUAUACAGAGGUGCAGCUUUAGAAAAGCCAUGGUAUAUGAUUGCUGGCAAUCAUGAUCACUUUGGAAAUAUUUCUGGGCAAGUAGCUUAUACAAACCGAAGUCAUCGAUGGACAUAUCCGUCAAGCUAUUACAAGGUGUCGUAUGCUUUCGGAUCAGAUAAAACAACAGUGGAGUUUUUGAUGCUUGACACCAUUGUUCUUUGUGGUAACACACGCGAUGUUGUGGAAGCGGGCUUUUUCGAAAUGCUUUUUGCAACGCAUGAAAUCCUUACAUCAACUGUGCUUCUGCUGUUACUUUACAAAGUAUUCAUUUUCAGGGCAGAUUAUUUGUUCGUUGUAGGCCACUAUCCACUGUAUUCCGUGUCGGAGCACGGAUCAAUGGAUUGCUUAAUUGAGAAACUCAAACCACUACUCGAACAGUAUCGAGCUACGGCUUACAUCGCUGGACAUGAUCACACAUUACAGGUGUGGCUCUAUCUUAUUUUGUAG